AAUCACCUCUGGGUUUUUUAUUUUUUCUUAAACAAACCAAAAACCACUGAAAAUUUGGGGGAAAAAAAAUGUUUUUUCUUAGUUUUUGUUAUAAAAUUUUGUAAAUAAGUGAUUUUUCUCCUUCACUGAUGUGCGCUAAUGAGGCUGCAGUGAUGGGCACUGAUAGGUGGCACUUAUGGACACUAAUGAGGAGGCACUGAUGGGCACUGAUAUGUGGCAUUGAUGUGGCACUGAUGGGCACUGGCAGG